AUGUCAGAAGAGAAUCCACACAUUGCAGAGUUCAUUUCAAUCACCAAUUCCUCUAAAAGCUUGGCGGAACAGUACUUGCAAAGGAACAACAACGAUUUAGUUGAAGCAAUUGAGGAUUUUUAUGCCAACAGUGAACACGGACAACAACCAGCAGAGCAGCAUGAGCCACCGGUAUUUUCACAAAGUGAUGCGUCCACUAGCCGCUCAAAUACUCCAGCCCAGAAGAAGACGAACAAGAAGCCACAAGGUGGUAUCAAAACUUUUCGAGACUUGAAUAAUGACGACGAAGAUCUGGAGGAGGACAGCACCAAUAACAACUUUUUCACUGGUGGUGAAAAAUCGGCAUUGCAAGUGGAGGACCCCAAUAAAGAUAAAGGCAAUGGUGAUCAAAAUUUGAUUGAGCAGAUAUUUCAAAAAGCAAGAGAGCAAAUGAACACUCCUGAUGAUCGUCCAAGUGCUCAGCAACCACAAAGUUCCCACGAGACUGCUCAUUUCACUGGGACUGGGUUCAAAUUGGGAGAUGGAACCGUACCAAGUGAACCAGUUGAAGAUCCACAUGCACAAGCAAGAGAAUUGUUGAAUCGUUUCCGUCCAAAAAAAGUCAAUCGAGAAAUCACAUUUUGGAGACAGGGGUUCACAGUUGGUGAUGGUCCGUUGUACAGCUACGAUGAUGAGAAAAAUAAGAGGAUACUAAGCGAAAUAGAACAAGGAAGAGUUCCCAUUGCUAUUUUGCAAGUGGAUCCAGGCGAUGAUGUUGAUGUGACUGUUUCCAAAAGGACUGACGAGGAUUACGUUCCUCCAAAGAGAAAAGUUGGUGGAUACCAUGGUGCAGGUCAUAGACUUGGGUCUCCAGUUCCUGGUGAAGCCCUUGCUACUGAAACCCAAGAGGUUAAUAUGAAGGAAACAAAACCAGAUACUCCACAAAAAACUACUGACGAAGGUGAAGGUGAUACUGCCGUUCAAAUAAGGUUUGCGAAUGGGAAAAGAACUUCACACAAGUUCAAUUCCAGUGAUUCGAUUUCGGCGGUUUAUGAUUUCGUUAGAAACCACGAGUAUAAUGCUGAAAAUGCCGGACGGAAUUUCACUUUGAGCCAUGCUUUUCCGGUUAAACCAAUUGAGGAAAGUAAUGAAGUCUUGAUUGGUGAUGCAAAGUUGAAGAAUUCUGUUAUAGUGCAACGCUGGGUAUAG